GGGUUGCACGCUGUGACUUCACACUCGGCAGCAUGUGCAGCUGGGGCCUCCGAGCACCAGUCUCAUGCGAGGCGGGCAGCGAGGUCAGCUUGGCAGCCGCUACCUCUCCAGCCCGGAUCUGGCGGCAGGCAGACGGUUCCCCAGGACCCGAGGAGGUGAUGGCCGAACAAGAAGCCAGUGGGCUGCAGGUCCUGCUGCACACGCUUCAGAGCACCUCGGACAGAGAGUCCAUCCUGGCCAUCCUCCAGGUCCUUGGCGAUCUGCUUUCUGUUGGCACAGACCGGAGGAUUCACUACAUGAUCAGCAAGGGUGGCAGUGAAGCCCUUCUGCAAACCCUGGUGGACACAGCGAGGACAUCUUCCCCAGACUAUGGCAUUCUCCUGCCUCUCUUCCGGCUGCUGGUCAAGGUUGGCCUAAGAGAUAAAAAGUUUGGACAGAAGGCACUGGAAUUGGAGGCACUCGAUGUGACGUUGACUCUGGCCAGGAAAAACCUGUCCCACAGCCAGAACCUCCUCCACUGUCUCUGGGCUCUGCGUGUGUUUGCCUCCCGUGUCACCACAGGAGCCAUGCUGGGAAUUAAUGGAGCAUUGGAACUGCUUUUCAAGGUCAUCACUCCUUAUACCCGGAAGCACACUCGAAUAAUCAGGGCAGCCGCUGAAGUUCUGGCAGCACUGCUGAAAUCCAAGUCUAACAGCCGCAGGGCAGUGAACAGAGGCUAUGUCACCAGCUUGCUCAGGCUGCAUCAGGACUGGCACAGCCAUGACACAGUCAACACCUAUGUGCAGAUCCGCCAGGCGCUUCUGCUCUGCCUCAAGCACAUUGCCACCAUCUGGUCUGGCAGGGAGGCCUUCCUGUCAUGCCAGGGCAUGGAGAUCCUCUUCAGCACCACACAGAACCACCUGGAUGACAAAAGCAUGGAGCCCAUCAUCUCUGUGGUACUUCAGAUCCUGAGGCAAUGCUACCCUAAGAGCCUCCUUCCCUUGCUCACAGCCAGCAGUGCUUAUGCCUUCCGUAUUCCUGGGAGUAUCACCUCUGAGCCUCCACGUGUUCUAACUGAAGAGGAUUUCGAAGAUGAUGGUGAUGAAGAGGUGGACAGAGACUCAGAUUCUGAAGAUGUGAAAGAGGAAGAUAAUGACUUGGAAACAGACAUGAACAAGCUGAGUUCCAAACCUGGCCUUGACCGACCUGAAGAGGAGCUGAAACAAUAUGAGGCGAUGUGUCUUGAGCUCUCCUAUAGCUUUGAGGAACUGGAGUCCACACUUGAAGAAGAUUUGAAUUUUGAAGGGACUCAGCGUGCCAAUCACCACCACAUCCCAGCUGCUGCCUCCCCAAAGCAGCAUGGCUUGAAUAAGGACCAGAGCUGCUGGGGGCUUGAAAGAGAAGACACCGUCCAGACUUCCCUUCUGAGUAUGGUGAAGAUGGGGAGGUCCACUGUGCAUCUAGCCUCCAAAAAAACACCUGCAAUGAAAACUUACCCAAAAGUACCAUGCAGUCGUCUUGGGAUAGAUUCUUCUGGAAAUGAAAUUCCUGACAUUCAGGCUUUCCUCAAAGAGGAUGUUUGGGACAUAGAUGCAAUUUCCUGCCGAAGGAUGAGUGCCUCCCUUGCAAAUUCCACUAUGCCUACAGAAAGUGUUGAAGUAAUAGAUAAGGUUCUGCAGACACAUCCCAAGGAUAUUCCCUUCCAUGAUCCCCAUCUUUAUAUGGCCAAAUCCAGAAGAACCAGAUCUGUGCCAGACUUCAAGAUGAUGGCAUUUCCCGAUCUCUGGGGACACCACCCACCUCCCUCAGCCCAGUCCAUGUUGGAACGCAAAUGUGGAGUCCAAAGAAUCAAGAUAUUUGAGGAUGUCCGCAGACUCAUCCAGCCAAGUGAUGUCAUCAAUAAAGUCGUCUUCAGUUUAGAUGAGCCUGGGCCUUUACAAGACACGAGUGCUCCUCAUUGCCUAAGGUUCUUCUCCAAGUUUGAGUCAGGAAAUCUUCGCAAAGCCAUCCAAGUGCGUGAGUUUGAGUAUGACUUGUUGCUUAAUGCUGAUGUGAACAGCCCCCAGCACCAGCAGUGGUUUUACUUCAAGGUGAGCGGUAUGAGAGCUGCUGUCCCUUAUUGCUUCAAUGUCAUCAACUGUGAGAAGCUCAACAGCCAGUUUAACUACGGGAUGCAGCCAACCAUGUAUUCGGUGAAGGAGGCUCUUCUUGGCAGAUCCACCUGGGUACGGACGGGCUGUGAAAUCUGUUAUUACAAAAAUCAUUACUGCCGCAGUGCAGCUGCCACAGGAGGAGCAUCUGGGAAGUGUUAUUACACCCUCACCUUUGCUGUCACCUUCCCACACAGUGAGGAUGUCUGCUACCUGGCCUACCACUAUCCCUACACCUAUACAGCCCUCAUGACUCACCUUGACAUCCUGGAAAAAAGCAUCAACCCCAAGCAGGUCUACUUCCGGCAGGACGUUCUCUGCCAGACUUUGGGAGGGAAUCCAUGUCCAUUGGUGACCAUCACAGCCAUGCCUGAGUCAAACAGUACUGACCAUCUAGAGCAGUUCCGGCAACGUCCAUACCAGGUGAUCACCGCCCGAGUUCACCCAGGAGAGAGCAAUGCCAGUUGGGUAAUGAAGGGGGCUUUGGAGUUCCUGGUCAGCAGUGACCCCGUGGCUAGACUCCUGAGAGAAAAUUUCAUUUUCAAGAUCAUCCCUAUGCUCAACCCAGAUGGUGUCAUCAACGGCAAGUACGUCAGGCACCUGGCCAGACCUAACACGCAUUUAUGUUACCAUGGUAACGCGUAG